ACGCAUAAAGGGUAUGCCAGACGAGAUUGUUGAACCUGACGAUUACGCAAAUAAAAGUACAUGUGACGAACGAUUUAGGUAUCUGACAACGAGGCUGAAGCACUUUUGGAAAAGGUGGAGACGAGAAUAUUUAGUUAACUUGAGGGAAUAUCACAAGCUGAGGGCGGAUGAUCAUGGUGUCGCCAAGGUAAACGUGGGAGAUGUGGUUACUGUUUUUGAGGAGGAUGUGAAAAGGAAUAAGUGGAAGUUAGGUGUCGUAGAAGGAUUGAUUAAAGGCAAGGAUGUUGUCGUAAGAGGUGCGAAGCUACGGGUUAUUACCAGUGGUAAGCCGGUUCAUUUGUCUAGACCCGUGCAAAAAUUGUAUCCUUUAGAAAUUAGGAGCAGCAGCGAAGAUGGUAAGUUGGGAGCGAGCGUACCAGUGCAUGAAGACAAAAAUAAGGUGGUCAGGAAUUUGCCUAAGCGAAGCGCGGCUUUAGACUCAGGCUGUAAAACUAGGAUUAUGCUUGACUCGUAAACAAGUCAAUCGGGGGGAGAGUGUUGCGCAAUUUGUUAAGUUCAUAAGUAUAUAUAUAUAUUGCAACAAUAUACUGUAGAAGUUAUAUAUCAUUAUCAGUCAAGGGCAAAUUUGUAACAAGCUUACGCAUUAAAUGUUGACAUGUUCUUCUUUCGAACGCAAUAAAUGCAAAUUAAGUUCCUGUAGGUCCAAAUUACGUUAAAAUGAGAAAAGAAUGUUCUUGCCGUAGGCGUAUGAACGCUUGGUAUGUUCUUCCUUUAACGUCAUCAGUUAGAUAUUUCUUCCUUUAAAAUGUAUUAUAUAUAACCGUGUAUGUAGAUUGUAGGUAGUUGUUAUAGUCAUUGUCGUAGUACGUAUCUGAAAUAAAGCUAAGUUGUGUGAAAUUUACUGGUUGUCACGAUUGAAUGAAGAAUAGAAUACAGUCCCAAGUUAAGCGAGCGUGGAAGACCUAUAUACUAGCGGGGUUUCCACAACAACUCGAAUCGAAUAUGAGCGAGUCGAAUAUGAGCUAUCGCUCAUAUUCGACGAGAGUGAGUGGAAUAACUGUUUUAUUAUAUACACAAGGUCUGAAUUCACAGACUUUGCUUUUCGGAUAUUUUCAAUAUUUUUCUAUUUUGUUUAUGUUUUUAUCUUCGCUCUUUCGGCCGAGUAUUUUUUUCAAAAAUAUAUAUUUUUAACCAUUUUAAAUUUUAAAAAUUAAUUUGCUAAACUGUAAACAAUUUGUUGGAGAUUUUCCUUGUGUUUUUAAUCUUGUAAAGGCUAUAAAAAGCGAACAACUUGCCGUUUUCUCGUUCCGAAAAGGCGGAAAUUCAGUUUUAGCCGCCAUUUUGUUUUUCUCUACUAGCAGGAUAUGAGCUAAUAUCCUACUAGUAGAGAACCAAUCAGAUUGCAGAAUACCUCAUAUCCAGACCUUGUGUAUAUAAUAAUAUUGUAUACAGCUAUUUCAAUUAAGGUUGUCCACGAGCAAAGCGGAAAAGUCGAAUACGAGCGCGAAAGGCUGCUGGGAAUCGCUUUGAAAAUUCAUUAAUUAGUUACAAUACAAUACAAUACAAUACAAUACAAUACAAUUUUAUUUCACUCUUAGAUAGAAAUACAUAAAUAAUACACAAUUCUUAAAUAAUUGGUACAUAGAUAGAAUUUAUAUUUUAAAUAACAUUUUUAGAGCUUGAAAGCUAAAUGAACCGUUUGGUUUUCUAGUUAGCUUCCAUUGAAUUUUAUUCUUAUUCUUAUUAGAUUAAUAUAGAUUAUGUCAGACAACUGAAGAAAAUACUAAUUUUCCAUUAGAUUUUGUUAAUAGAAAAGCUGAAGAAUAUAUAAUAAUUAUAAUUUUAUAUCAUAUAGAUGAUGCAAAUUUCAAUAGGUAUGUUGUUUAGCCAAUAAGUAGGUUUUAACUUGCUUAAAGAAGGAAAACAAAGGUAGAUUUUUAGUUAUAUCUGGAAGAUCCUUCCAAAAAUCAAUUGCUCCAAAAGAAAUUGCCUGUUUACCAGUAUUAGUUCGAACCAUAGAUAUCUCAUAUACACUAGAUAGCGCAUCCCUCCCUGUAGGCAGGCGAAAAUUGAAGCCUGAUCGCAGUCGCAGUUUACGUGCGGCGGCCAUAUUGGUCGUUCCCACGGAGCGUGAUAAUUUGUAUAUUUUGUAUUGCGGAAAUGGACAAAGUUGACAAUAAAUCCUCUUUUAUGCAGUCAAUUUCGGUUUUUCAAGUGUGCAACUUGUUGUAAAUGAUGCCAGAUCGUUGGAGCUUCAUAUUGUGAAUAACGGGUAGGCAGAAUUUAAUUAUUUUUUUCGACUAGAAAAUACAUGCAUGCAGAAACCCUCGCCUUACUGACAAAACAUUAUGUUUUCUGAAUAUUAUGAAGAAUUGAAAGUAGUUGUCAUGGUAACACGAUAAUUUUAAGAAUAGUUUUAAACAUGGUUUUAAAAUUGAAAAAUCCCCCCAAAAUAUCACUUUUAAUAACAAAAUUAUCAAUUUCCCAAACAUAUGCAUGCCAGGUAUGUUAUUAUGCGUAAUAUAAGCAUCAAAUUAAUGUAAAAUUCAACCAGAAACGUUUCGCAAAACGUUUUAAAAUGUUCUCAAAACAAAACGGCCUUUUAUCGAAUUAUCGGUAAACAUUGAGUUUGAAAUAAGCUGAUUUCAAAUUCUCGCAUGAAAAUAACUUUGCUUUCCUCUUUAUUUAAAUACUUUAAUAUACAAAGGAAAAGGUAAUUAAUAAAACUACACUGAAAUUAUAUGCUGUCUUUUUUCACUUAUAUACGCAAUGAUAUAGGUUUAGUUCGAUAUUCGCCUUAUCGCCCACCACUAUCAGUUAUAAAUAUAUCAAUUAUAAGACAAAAAAUACAUCAUUAUUUAAAACAGACUUACCUUCGUUAACGUCGGCGACUUUGCUCUAUUCUUUUAAACGUUUUUAGACGUUUUUGGCUCUCAGAAAGGUUUUGAAAUUUACAAAAUCGUGCUAAAAUACAACUUGCAAGAAAUGUACUUUAUCAUAUACUCAAAGGCCGUCGGGUUUUAAAACAAUUAUAAAAUAAAUAUUUAAAACAAACUUACCUUUGUUAACGUCGGCUCCCUUCUUUUAGCCCAUUCUUUAGUCUUUUCUUUCUUGAAAUUUACAAAAUCUUGCAAAAAUGCGAGCAAAAAUAAGAUAUAUUUGCAAAAAAUUUAUCAAUCAUAAAAUCAAGAAAUGUUUGCUGUUUCGCUGUCGUCAUGCAGUCGUUAUAAUGCAAACUUUAAAUUGGACCAAUCAGUGUCCGCUAUUCAUGACAGUCCGCCAUAAUUAUUUUUGAGAUCAGUGAGGAUGACCACCCACGCACAGUGACCCACGCCCGCGAUAUUUGAUGAACUUUAGACUUCGCCAUUGAACUAAAAAUAACUGGAACGCUACGUUCAGUAAACUGCGCAUGCAAAUUUUGAAGCCAAAAUUUGACUCCCAUGAAGCCAAAUGACGCCAGUUUUGACUCCCAGACACGCACUUCCACGCGUGUUUCUACUGCGCGAUUUACUCGCGAGACAAUGCAGGGUACGCUCGAAGCAUGCCGUUUUGAACGUUUUCAUGGCAGGAUGCAAAUCGAAAGGGAAACGGGCCUUUUCAGUUUAAAACGGGCCUUUUAAAGCCUGUGUACGACCUUGUAGAAUUUAGCUUCAAAUUUCCGCUUGAACGUAGCGUUCCAGUUAUUUUUAGUUCAAUGGACUUCGCUAAUGCUUUCGUUACCCCGGGUGUAAAUAGCCGGGGGGAAUUAGUACCCUCGCACGGCGCUUCGCGCCGUCGGCUCGGGGAAAAUAACAAUAUUUGUCGACCCGUAUGAAGGGCACCCAUAGGACAAACCCUAUGGACAAACCAUCAUUGUUGAUGUAUAUAUAAAUAUAGUUCCACCAAUUCCAAAUUUGAGCUAUCGCCAUUGCUUCAUGGCAAAAUUGUGAAUGUAUUUGCAUAUUCUUUUGUAAAAGACAGCGACACUGAAAAACAUAUUUUAGUCACAGUUUAUCAAUGGCAAAAAUAGACUUAAAAUCUUAAAUAGUCAAUAUAUAAAACAUUGACAUAAAAAAUGGUUCUUACUAGUACUCCUUACUAUUUGUGUAUUUAUUACAUACAUACAACAUAUCAUAUGUUAUUUUAUAGUUCCAUGGAAUCACAUCAAGAUUAAAAUGUAUUAAUAGAAGCUAGAGAAGAAUAAUUGCAACUUAAUAUAUUCGAUCGCAGGCAAUAUAACAUAAUUGCUAUUGCUUUAUGUAAGUGUAGUUGAUAAUCAAACUUUCUAAAACCUUCAAUUGUAUGAAUGCUUCAAACUAUCUUUAAUAUUUGAUGUUAAGAAAUAUUUCUUUCUGUUGAGUCCUAGACCUUUUGUUUUUAAUUCAAGCAAUCAAUCUGCUAAAUUACUGUAAUUAUUAACAGCAUAGGUCAUUGAUAAUCAGUUGAAUUUUAGAACUGCUUUGGGAAACCCUAUUUUGUAAUGAGACACAUUACUUCUUGCAUUAUUGUAUAUUGUAAGGUCAAUGGGAUAAACUGCUUGAUGCACAGUAGAUUUUAUAAUCUUAAAUAUAGUUGCACUCACUAUUGUAUAAAUAAUUAUAUUGUUAUAAUAAAGUAUUACUUUUGAUUUUGUGCAACAGUGUUUUCUAAUUCUUUGACUCAUCAGAUGCACAAUAAUUAAACUUUUCUAAAAAUAUAAAAUAAAUUUGCCAGUACUCUCAGGAAUUGAAAACAUGAUAAACUCUCAAUUUUUGCCUUUUGAGUUUAGUGGUUACUGUAAAUAUUAUUAAAAAAAUGUCCAAUUUUAAAAAAAAUGUGGAGACCUGAAGAAGUUUUGGUGCCAAUUGAAAUUAAAAAUUUGAAUUAAACUCAGAAAAUUUCAUAGCAAUGGGUAAAGUCAUUCCCGAUGCAAAAAGUAUAAGAAGUAAUAGUGAAAGGUCAAGUGACAGAAUCAAAAAUCAAAAGAAAACUUCCCAGGACAUUUCAGUGGUGCCAGAAACCGUAAGUACAUGUAUUGAUUAGACGAUACUUCACCAGAGAAUCAUUCACAGAUUCAAAACAAAUAUAUAAAGAAUGUCGUAAUUCGAAAUUUUUAGCUUUAAAAUGCGAUUCAAAGACAACAACAUCGCCAAUUAAUGUUUUUUUCUUGUACCCUUUUCCAAAAAAGCUGCGAUUUCAAGGCGAACGUACCUCAAAAAGGUAUUUUUAAACCAGAAAUGCAAAAAAGCCUCAAAAAGUGUAGUACUUUCUAUAUAUAGAAUUUCAUUGAUGAGUGGGAACGACCAAUAUGGCCGCCGCCUAUUUUCAUGGGGGAAACCGCUGAGAUUUUUGGCUUCAGUUUUGUAUUCCGAGAUGCGCUAUCUAGUGUAUAUGAGAUAUCUAUGGUUCGAACAUAUGGUUUAUAUAUAUAUAUAUAUAUAUAUAUAUAUAUAUAUAUAUAUAUAUAUAUAUAUAAAUUAGAUGAGUAUCUGGUAUUAUAACUAUGAACAUCUCUUGAAUAUUGGAAGAAAUUAUCAAAAAUAUGUGGCAACAAACCUUCGUGCCGCAUGAAUAAAUUUCAAGGCAUGUAGGCGAUAUACAUUUUGAACUGUUAAAAUAUCUAGCAAAUUUAGCAAUGGGAGAGCACUUGCAUGAGUAUCUUUACCAUAUAACUUUACAAAAAAUAUUAACCUGAUUGCAUGAUUCUGUUUCACUUGUACUUUUUGUAUAAGCGACGUGCAAGCGCUGCCCCAUGCCAAAAUCGCAUAUGAUAUAUAAGGAUAAAUAACACUAAUAAAUUUGUGAUAAUUGCUUGAUAGAGAGAUAGUGUCGCAGUUUGGAUAAAAUGCCAAUGCCUGAUAGCUCCAGGAUAUCGUGUCAUCUAGUAUUAUACCCAAAUACUUAAUAUGAUCUUUCCGGAUCAAUUUUUUGUACGUUCCAUCAUUAUUUUUAAUUUGUAUCGUCGAAAAAAAUUUUUCUGCCGGGCUUUAUAAUCAUAUAACUCGUUUUACUUAUAUUAAUUGAUAACUUAUUAACAUCGCACCAUUCUUUAACCUUAUCAAGUUCAGAGUUCAUCAAUGCUUCAAGGGUUUUUAGGUUACUACAAUCCUGGAAAAAAAUUAGUAGACUUUUUCAAUUUCAUAUAUAUUUCAUAUAUUUUUUCCAGGAUUGUCUCUAAGGUUAAAUCAGAUAUAACAAUUAGGGACGUUGUUUAUUGGUGGUAUUUUUUAGAAAUAUCUUGUAUUAUACUAAAUUAUAAACUGCAUAUUACGUGGAUGUAAAAUUUACGUAUACUGGGGGGUGUGAUUCUAGGAUUUGUUUCCGGGGGGUGCGAUUGACUAUCAAUAGUGAUUUCGGCGCGUUAAAUCAAAACAUCACAGUACAUUACAAUAAAAUUUACGUACUAAAUCAAACAAAUCUUUAAUGGAUAGAUGAAAUUGAUAAGUCUAAGCCACGGAUAUGUUCCUUGGAUAUGUUCCAACUGAGUGAAAAGCUCCUCUGGUCGACCCACGGCUAAAGAAACCUGUCUAUAAUGUCUCUUUUCCAAAUUUACGACCAGUGUCUAACCUACAAUUUGUGGCUAAAUUGACAGAAAAAGUGGUUUGCAACCAAACUCAAGAUCAUAUAAUGCGGUCGGACUUAUAUCCGGUGCUCCAGUCAGCUUAUCGGACAGGUCACAGCACUGAAACAGCUCUUCUGAAAGUCCACAAUGACAUCUUGUUAAAUAUGAACAAUCAGAAGGUUACUCUACUUGUACUGCUUGACUUGAGCUCAGCGUUUGACACGUUGGAUCAUCAAGUCCUUCUUCGUCGUCUUCCAGUAACGUUUGGAAUAACGGGUAAUGCGCUUGAAUGGUUUCGGUCUUAUUUAUCUGGCAGAUCACAGCGAGUAGUAAUAAAUGGAAGCCAUUCAAGGGAAUUUCCUCUGAUGUAUGGUGUCCCUCAGGGCUCCUGUUUAGGGCCACUACUGUUUAUAGUAUAUUCUAGCAAGCUAUUUGAAGUCAUAAAGAACCACCUUCCUGACGCCCAUGCUUAUGCUGACGAUACUCAGCUGUACAUCUCAUUUAAGCCUGAUUCUACUGCUAGUGAAUUAGAAGCGGUAACUGCAUUGCAAAACUGCAUAGCUGAUAUUAAGACAUGGAUAACCGUGGACAAACUCAAGCUGAAUGAUGAUAAAACUGAAUUUAUUAUAAUUGGAACUCGUGCACAACUGAAUAAGAUAAAGAUAACGGAGUUAAGAAUUGGUCAGGUAAUGGUGUCGUCAGUAUCCGAUGCUCGAAAUCUUGGAUCCUGGUUUGAUAACAUUUUGAGUAUGAAAACGGCAAUUAAUAAGACCUGUCAAUCUGUGAUUUAUCACUUACAUAAUGUCAGGCGAAUAAAGAGAUUUUUAUGCUUUGAAGACAGAAAGACGAUUGUUCAGGCCAUGGUCAUGUCAAGAAUAGACUACUGUAAUAGCUUACUAUUCGGUGUCUCGUCCACGCAUCUUAUGAAGCUUCAACGAGUGCAGAAUGCUGCAGCCCGCUUGGUGUGCUCAGUUCCAAAACAUGAACAUAUCACACCGUCGUUAAUCAGAUUACACUGGCUACCAGUUAAAUUUAGAAUAAAUUUUAAAAUUGCAAUGCUCACAUUCAAAUGUAUAAACAAAACUGCUCCCGAAUAUCUAAGCAGUUUAGUGACCAUCAAGAAGACACCUCGUUACAACCUUAGAUCAAAUACAGGAAAGUUACUACAAGAUAACACUGCUCGGUCGAAAAAGACAUUAGGAGACAGGGCAUUUUCUAAUGCCUCAGCAAUAGUAUGAAACAGUCUUCCUGUUUUUAUAAGAAGUCAGGAAAAUUUUAGUACUUUUAAGUCACUUCUCAAAACACACUAUUUCAGGGAAGCUUUUAAUGCAUAAAUUUUAGAACUUGAGCGGUAACUGUUUUUGUAAAUAUUCUAAAUUUUAUUUAUUUAUAUUUUUAAAUCUAUAGCUAGUUUAAGUAGUUUGUAAAGCGCAUUUGAUCAUACCAAUUGCAUGUUAAUUUGCGCUAUAUAAGUAGUAAAUUAUUAUUAUUAUUAUUAUUUGUCUUGUCCUGUUUGGCGUUUUUACGUUGAAACUGUCUGCCGCGCCCGCACGCGGGCAUACCUCGGCCAAUUCUGGAUGAGUUAGUUAGCUUGGUUUGCACGUGUUUAACUCUUUGUUCUUUUGUUAUGUAGUUGCUUGUGUAUAG